CCUCAAACCAUGUCCAGGUCUAUCAUCAAUACUCGCGUCCAGUGCCCAUAAAGAAGCCCAUUAAACAGUUGUUGCUACGAAUAGCACAAAGCAGUAGCAGCAGCAGCAUACAAUAAACAAUUUGCUAAGAAUCAAGAAAGAAACAAAGAAAGGAACAAACUAAAACUAAAAAAGAAGACACGGUAGAAACGGAAGCGGAAGCAGACACACGCACACAUACACACACAGAGUGAGAGAGAUAUUGCUCUUGUGUGUCCUGUAUUUUCAUUGUAUGUGUGUGUCCAGUGUGGACUAUGUUGAAACAGAAACGUUUGGCCAAGCAGAAGCCCAAAGCGAAACCGAUACCAUGGGGACUGAAAAAAAUCUGUUGGGGUCUCAUAAAUAUAACUGUGCCCAGGCAUCAGCCCCGCAGUUGGAUCGAGACAAAUUUUCAGAAACGUGAAUGCAUCAAGUUUAUACCAUGCCCAAAGGACGAUACAAAAUGCUGCUGUGGACAGGCUCAGAUCACACAUCAGACCAUUGCGGGCAUCGAGAGUGGGUCACCUGGUGAUCUUUGGUUGCCCACCAAGCACACUCGUCCCCAGCCCACUGAUGCCUACGGCACUAUUGAAUUUCAAGGUGGAGCACAUCCCACAAAGGCUCAGUAUGUGCGUUUGUCGUUCGAUACGCGUCCUGAGUUGCUGGUGCAGCUAUUCACCAAGGAAUGGAAUCUGGAAUUGCCAAAACUUUUGAUCACCGUGCAGGGUGGCAAGGCCAACUUUGAUUUGCAGGCCAAGUUGAAAAAGGAGAUACGCAAAGGUUUACUAAAGGCCGCCAAGACCACAGGAGCCUGGAUAUUCACCGGUGGCACCAAUACGGGCGUCACGAAACAAGUGGGAGAUGCUCUCCUACUGGAGGGUCAACAACGCACUGGUCGUGUGGUCAGCAUCGGCAUUGCCCCCUGGGGCAUUGUUGAGCGCAAUCAUGAGCUGUUGGGCCACAAUCGUGAAGUGCCCUGUCACAGUAUUAGUUCACCAAGAUCUAAAUUGGCUGUGCUGAACAAUCGUCAUGCGUAUUUCCUAUUGGUGGACAAUGGCACACAGGCCAAAUAUGGUGCCGAAUUGAUAUUGAGAAGAAAGCUGGAGAAAUUUAUAUCAAACUUAAAGCUACAUCCAUUUACACAUUCCAGUACGCCAGUUGUCUGUCUGGUCAUUGAAGGCGGUACAAACACAAUACGUGCGGUGCUUGAAUACGUGACAGAUUCGCCCCCAGUUCCUGUUGUUGUAUGCGAUGGUUCUGGGCGGGCUGCCGAUCUCCUGGCCUUUGUACACAAAUAUGCCUCAGAUGGUGAGGAGCAACCGGUUUUGGAAUCUAUGCGAGAUUAUUUAAUUGGCACCAUACAAAAAACCUUUGAAGUUGGUCUUGAUCAGUCUGAGAAACUCUAUCAGGAGCUGCUGCAAUGUACACGUAACAAGAAUCUGAUUACCGUCUUUCGCAUACAGGAAAAGCCAGAGGGUGAGGCCCAGGAAUUAGAUCAGACAAUUUUAACGGCCCUGUUUAAGUCACAGCAUUUAAGUCCACCGGAACAACUGAGUUUGGCAUUGACUUGGAAUCGUGUGGAUAUAGCAAGAAGCGAGAUAUUUGUCUAUGGCCAAGAAUGGCCAAAUGGCGCCUUGGAUGAGGCCAUGAUGCAGGCUCUAGAGCAUGAUAGAAUCGAUUUUGUUAAAUUACUCUUAGAAAAUGGCGUUUCAAUGAAGAAAUUUUUAACAAUACCCCGCCUCGAGGAACUCUAUAAUACAAAACAUGGUCCGGCAAAUACAUUGGGUUACAUACUGCGCGAUGUGCGCCCGCAUAUACCCAAAGGCUAUAUUUAUACACUCCACGACAUUGGCCUGGUGAUCAAUAAACUAAUGGGCGGGGCCUAUCGAUCUUAUUAUACGCGACGAAAAUUUCGUCCCAUUUAUGCCAAGGUGAUGAACAGCUAUGCAAAUGCUUGCCGCAAGUCCUCGACCUAUCAAUAUCAACGAUAUGCGGGUGCCAACUCACUGAGUUUGGUGACAGGACUCUUGCCCUUCACCUCGGAGAUGGCGCUUUUCGAGUUCCCAUUCAAUGAGCUGCUGAUUUGGGCUGUGCUUACGAAGCGGCAACAGAUGGCAUUGCUGAUGUGGACGCAUGGUGAGGAAGCAUUAGCCAAAUCCUUGGUGUCCUGCAAGCUAUACAAGGCCAUGGCUCAUGAGGCAGCCGAGGAUGAUUUGGAUACGGAAAUCUAUGAGGAAUUACGCUCCUAUGCCAAAGAGUUUGAGAGCAAAGGCAAUAAAUUGCUGGACUUUAGCUAUCGCCAGGAUGCGGAGAAGGCUCAACGUUUGCUAACCUGUGAGCUGCACUCGUGGUCGAAUCAGAGUUGCCUCUCCUUGGCGGUGGCCGCCAAUCAUCGUGCUCUGCUGGCCCAUCCAUGCAGUCAAGUGAUUUUAGCUGAUUUGUGGAUGGGUGGUCUAAGGACACGCAAGAAUACCAACUUUAAGGUAAUCUUGGGCCUAAUCAUGCCAUUUUAUAUAAGGCAAUUGGAUUUCAAGUCAAAAGAAGAGCUACAACAAAUGCCACAAACCGAAGAAGAGCACUUGGAGAAUCAAAAUUUGGACAAUGAUGAUUCGGAUAGAUCCCAGCCAGAUGCUGAGAAUGCCCUAUUAAAAUCCAAAAGAUCCAUUUCCUUGAGAUAUAGGAUGGGCGCGGGCAAUCAUAAUCGCGACAAGGCUCUAUUGGCGGAUACAUAUUCAGUGCGCGAUACAAAAGUUCAUGAAAAUGGCAAAGUUAAUCUCACUGCUGGAGCGGAAGAGCCACCCUCCAAAGUAUCAUUAACCGAUUCGGAUCCCUCGCAAUUUCGUGAUAUAUUUCACAUGGCUGAAUAUAGUGAAAUAAAACAACAUCAACCGCUGCGUUUAAAGAAAAAAUUUCAUGAAUUUUAUACGGCACCCAUAACAAAAUUCUGGGCCGAUUCGAUUGCGUACAUGUUCUUUUUGAUAAUGUUUUCAUUCACGGUGCUGGUUAAAAUGGGACCAGCACCACGUUGGCAGGAAUGGUAUUCGAUAGCGUAUAUAACAACAUUGGGUUUCGAGAAGGUUCGCGAAAUUAUAUCCUCUGAGCCAGUGGCCAUUACUCAUAAAUUCUCAGUUUGGGCCUGGAACAUGUGGAAUCCCUGCGAUGGGGCAGCCAUUAUACUCUUUCUCAUUGGCCUGGCGUUUCGUUUUCGUCCCAGUACCAUGGAUAUUGGUCGUGUCAUUUACUGUGUGGAUAGCAUCUAUUGGUAUUUACGUAUACUUAAUAUUUUGGGUGUCAAUAAAUAUUUGGGUCCUUUGGUCACCAUGAUGGGUAAAAUGGUUAAGAAUAUGAUUUACUUUGUCGUCCUGCUGGCCGUUGUCUUGAUGAGUUUUGGCGUCAGUCGUCAAGCCAUUCUGUAUCCAAAUAAUGAGCCAACUUGGCGGCUAAUUAGAGAGGUCACUUACCAGCCCUAUUUCAUGUUGUAUGGUGAGGUAUUUGCCGAUGAUAUCGAUCCACCCUGUGGCGAGGAUCCAAAACAAGGGGCCUGCGUUACGGGUCGUUGGGUUACACCGAUAACGAUGUCCAUGUAUCUGCUGAUUGCCAAUAUAUUGUUAAUUAAUCUCCUCAUUGCUGUCUUCAAUAAUAUAUUUAACGAAGUCAACUCGGUGUCACAUCAGGUUUGGAUGUUUCAACGUUUCACUGUGGUGAUGGAAUAUCAACAGAAACCCGUAUUGCCGCCACCUUUCAUUGCCUUCUGUCAUUUCUAUUCCUUGCUCAAGUAUUGUGUACGCAAAGCGAAAGGAUUGGAGGUUCAACGUGACAAUGGUCUCAAGCUAUUUCUUGAAAAGGAUGACUUGGAACGCUUAUACGACUUUGAGGAGGAAUGCGUCGAAGGCUUUUUCCAUGAGCAGGAAAUCAUUUUGAAUCAGUCAACCGAUGAGCGAGUGAAAAACACAACGGAGCGUGUCGAGACCAUGUCACAGAAAAUCGAGGAUAUCAAUCAAAAGGAGAAUAUACAAACAGCUACCGUACAGAACAUUGAGUUCCGUUUGCGCAAAAUGGAAGAAUCAUCCGAACAGAUACUGUCUCAUCUGGCGGUCAUACAUCGUUUCAUGUCCACACAUAUCGCUGGCACGGACGAUUUGCGGGGCUCUGUGAUGAACAUUCCAGUUGAAAUGCAUCGCGUGCGCACCAUUUCAAUGUCAGACAAUGAAGGUGGUGGUGGAAAUUUAGGUGUGCCAGUAGGAGGAUUACUUGGAGGACCUUUACUCCCUGGCCCUGGCAGUGGCGGCGGUGGCGGUGGCAGCGGCGGUGCUGGUGGUGGUGGUGGUGGUAAUGGCGGUGGAGGCAACUUGGCACUUGGUCUAAGUGCUGCACUCAAUUUAAAUUCGCUUCAGGUCAACAAUCGUCGUCGUUUCAAUCGUUCGCUAACCGAAGUUCGUCCAGAUGCCUAUAUCUUGGAUGAGGGCACACAUUUUGAGGUUGUCCCCCUGCCCGAAGAGCCCGAUGAGGUGGUGAAAUCGCGUGAAGCACUCAACGAACAAGUAGUUCGCAAGGCAUCAAUGAUUUCUGAAGCGGAUUCUGAUAUCUAUUUGCCACUAUCUCAACGUCCGUCCACAUGUGAGACAGUGAAACGUACACCGUAUGUAACAGUGCGUCAGGAUACGGAAGCCAGUACGGAGAGCAAAGAUACUUUAACACCGCUGGGCAACAAUGAUGAUGAUCAAACACUUGUCGGUGGCGGUGGCGACAAUUCCGAUGAUGCGGCACCGGACAUCAACUUUGAGGCUGCCAGACAUCGGGCUUUGCGUCAGCGCACUGUCUCGCUAUGUCGUCGCAAUUCGGAGACUUACUCGCUAACUGGAGCGGAUAUAAAUCGCUCGCACAUAAGCCUCAAUCAGUUGACAAGUCUUUCACGUCGUCAGUUGAGUCUCACACAAUCGGAGCCUGAUAGUGAUAAGGAUAUACCAGUUGUAGUAGCCGCAGCAGCCGCAGCAGCAGCAGCAGCAGCACAUCAGGGUAAAUCAGUAUUGCAUGCGAAACCCUCAAGAAAUAUAUUGCUGAAACUGCAUAGCGAGUACACAUCGAUAACGGAUGAGCUGGAGAGCGUUUGCCAUAUGAUUGCCUCGCCAACGGUCUCACUGCAAAGUAAUAAAGCUUCUUUGGAUCGUCCCAAAACGGAAAUGUCACGUGCAGAAGCUGCCGCAUUGCAGGAGAAGAAACAUUUGAAAGAGUGCGAGGAGAAUGACUAUAGGAUACUGGAGGGUCUAUUCGAGGCACGUGGCUCAAUUGAUGCCUCAGCACAGCCUUUUGAGAUUGGAGUCUCUGUGGAUUACAGCCAUCGGUAUCCGCUGCGACGCGAGACUGCUAUCGAGCUGUCGCCUUCAAAACCAACGGCCGAAGGAGGUCCUCUAGGAGGAGCAGGCGAUAGCAGCGAUACCAGUGGAGCGGGAAGCAGCAGUGCCAUGGUUGUGGUUGCCAGUGGUUUUCAAUUGAAAAAUGAACGCCCCUGGCAACGUAACUCAUCGAUGGAACAGCAAUCCUAUCAAUCGCCAUUGGUACCCACAAGGGCUACAAGUGAUUUUCUAAAUCCUCCAUACGAAAGCACUGGACGUUUGUUUAAAAAGUCCAGUGAAAGUUUACAAAAGAAUUCCAGUACCGAUACGGAUUAUUCGGCACAUCCGUAUCGUUUCAUUAAGCAGAGUUCCAAUGAGACGAAUACCUCGCUAACCGGGUCCUAUAAUGUGGAUACGCCCUCGUUGACAGCGGAGCCAUCACUCGAUGCUGGUGAUACACAUUCGGCAACGGGGAUUGGCAUUGGCGUUGGCGCUGCCACAGCGCGUUACCAGCCCAAGCGAACGGCAUCCGUUGGCGCGGCCGAUGGUAAACGUUUGCGUGACGAGAGUUCCAGUUCAUUGGAUCUAAGCGCGGCGCCAGUAGCGAUGCAGGCAGCGCCAGCAUUGCCAAUCCGCCCGAUGCAGCUGAAGAAACAGUUUAGCAUGGACCAGGGCAAGCCGCAGCCAACUGGUAGUGGUGGCUCAGCUUUAAGUGCAGCCGCUGCCGUUGAUGUCAAUCCACCUGACUCGCGGGAGGCUGCUGCCCAGGUUGGGGCCAAACUGAUUUCCAUGCAGCUAAAACCACAACUUGGCAUGAAUGUCCUCAAAGAGAGCAGCUCCAGCACAGAGGAAUCCCGCGAUGGGGAUCCUCAUUCGCUAACCCUAUCGGCGGCAUCAUCAUCCAAUUUAACCAUACCACAGAUAAGCACACAUUUAGUGCAAGACGAAAUAGCCAAAUUGUCGUCGAAUAUCAAGAGUAGCACCGAAUCGGAGAAAGAUCCGCCCUAUAAUGAGACAAUGUGCUAAGAUUAUGUAGGUGUUUAGGGCCAGAGACUUAUAAGUGUUCCAUCUUACAAUGAUUGUGGUGUCCCAUAUUGUGCUCAAAUGAAUUACCUACUAGUCAAAAAAAUGGGUCAAAAAUGGACCGCCCCAUAUCAAAGAUAAAUCCAUGCAAGUUACUUAUAAAUGUUAAUAAUAAUAAUAAUGAUAAUUUGGACAAUACAUAAAAAACAAAACAGAAAGAAGGAAAAUGAUAAUUCUCUGUAUUUUUAUACGACGGUUUUUUAUUAUUAUUUAGAAAUCAUCUUUAUUGUUGUUAUUAUUAUAUACAAAACAAAACAAAAACACUAACGAAAUCAACUCAGCACUCAAAUACACUAAAAAGCAUUAAUCUUUCAAAUUAUCAGCACCAAGAAAAUCUUCUCUUACACAUAAUCUUAUAACUAAAAAAUAUAUAAAUAUAUAUUUACACAAUCUUUAGUCUCUAAGUCUGUCUGCAAUUUUCACACAUAUCUUUCUUUAACUCAAUCGAUCUUCUAUAUCUACAUAUAUAUAUAAUGUUAGAAAUGAAACAACUAAACAAAAAUGCAUAUUUACACUUGCCACACGAACCACCCGUAAAUGUUAAUACCUAAAUGUACUUAUUUGCCUAGUUCUAAGAUCUACAUACACUAUAUAUACAUAUACACAUACAUAUAUUUAUAUAUAUAUACACAUAACCACUAUAUAAGAUGUCAGCUUAACUAAUUGUGUCUGCCUCUAUCAAUGUGUAAAUCAAGCUAUCUAGUUAGUCCAUUUUACUUAAUUAAUUAUUUAUCUAUUGCAUGUACAACAACCACAAGAAGAAGAGAAAACUAUUAAGCAAGGAUUAGUUAGCAUUUAGUACUUAUGUAUGUAUGUAUAUACUAUGUAUAAGCUAUGCCUAGCUAAUCUAGGCUAUUUGCUUACUAUAUAUACAUAUAAUCUAUAUAUAUAUGUAGGAUUUUUCGAUGUCUGUGUACAUAAGGUAUAUAAGUAGAAUCAGAGGAAAAAUUGUUCAUGUUUGGUGGCUAAUUCAGCACCGAAUUUCGUUUACAAAACUGUGUUUUUAUUAAUGUUACAACCCAAAAAAAAAAAAAAAUAUAUUAAAUAAUACAAUUGCAUUUUAAUUAGAGGAUUUAUAUGAUCGUGUACUUAUUGAUUUUAAGAGAAAUUUAAUGUAAUUCUAUUUAUUAAAAAUAAAACCA